GGCUCCGCAACGCGACGCCAGAGUGAUAUCAUAGGAUGACCACCAUCUGUACGCCACAAUUGCGAGUAUGAGGCAACUUCUACCGUUUGUUUUCCGACCAGGCACAAAUCGCUGUUGUCAUGGACCCAUAUGUUGUUUUAUUAAAAUGAGCUCAUCAGGUACAAUCGUCAUACUUUUGGAGUCUUUAUAUUCUGGAUAAUCUCUCGCAACGCCUCCAAUCUGUCGACCCCACUCAGCGCUCAACGUCUACCAUGGCUGGCGGCAACUCCCGUUCACCUUCUUCAGGACCUUCCCCAGCUCAACAGCGCUCGCGUCGUCGGGCUUCCCGAAGUCCAUCUGUAGCAAGUGACCCUGGUUCUCGACCACCUCGUAAUCGUCGUCGAGGAGGGGGACAACAAAAACAAGGCGGCGGCGGCGGUCCUGUUGGUGGACUCCCAGGCGUGAGCGAAGUCGCAGAUACUGCCACUGGCGCUGUAGGAAGCGUCGGCGAUGCAGUCGGCGGAUUAGUUGGUGGUGUAGCAGGCGGGGGAGGUGGAGGCGGCGGCGAUAAGCCAUUGAAGCUACGUCUCGAUUUGAACUUGGAUGUUGCCGUGGAAAUCAAAGCGCGAGUGCAUGGUGAUUUGACAAUUUCGUUGUUGCGAUAGCAUGCUUGGAUCACUUGCUUAUUGCGAGAUCAUUUUCAAAUACUCUUGCUCGUGGCUGUUGGCUGAUUAACGCCAUUGCAGCGAUGAAUGAAU